UUUGUUUUUAUAGGUAGAUAGAUAAAGAUGACCACUCCGGUUUGCCCAUUCGUGAAAGCGGCUCGACCGGACGAUAAUGGUUCGGCCAAAAAAUCCACCGUCGGCGGCAGCGAAGCAACAAGGAAAGAUUCCGGUGAUACCGCCACCGUGUCUCCGAAAUGCCCUUUUGGUUACGAUUCCAAUAAUUUUAAGCUCGGUCCUCUCAGUUGUAUGAUCUGUCAAGCACUUCUCUUUGACUGCACCAAAUGUAUCCCUUGUUCUCAUCUCUUUUGCAAAGUGUGUAUAUCUCGGUUUAAGGAUUGUCCACUAUGUGGAGCUGACAUAGAGAAACUGGAAGCUGACACCAAUCUUCAAAGCAUGGUUGAUCGAUUUAUUGAAGGGCAUGCUAGGAUCAAAAGAGCACAUGUUGGCGUCAAUGGUGAAGGAGAGCAAGUUUCAAAUGACGAUAAGAAGGUAAUUUACGAGGAUGUCUCGUUGGACCGAGGUGCUUUCUUGGUGCAACAGGCCAUGAGGGCAUUCCGUGCACAGAAUAUCGAAAGUGCUAAAUCUAGACUCAUUAUGUGUGCGGAAGACAUCCGAGAUCAAUUAGAGAAAACGGGAAACACAUCUGAGUUGUGCUCACAGCUCGGCGCAGUUCUGGGUAUGCUUGGUGACUGCUGUCGAGCAAUGGGAGAUGCUGCUGCUGCGAUCAAUUAUUUCGAGGAGAGUGUUGAGUUCCUUACAAAAUUGCCAGCCGAUGAUCUUGAGAUCACACAUACACUAUCUGUUUCACUUAACAAAAUCGGAGACCUAAAGUAUUAUGAUGGAGAUCUUCAAGCAUCAAGGUCUUACUACUUCCGAUCACUGGGUGUCCGCCGUGAUGUCAUCAAAAACCAUCCCGGUGUUGCUUCACAGAUUCUGGAUGUAGCCGUUUCUCUUGCAAAAGUUGCAGAUGUAGACAGAACUCUUGGAAAAGAGGAUGUGGCGGUUGAUGGAUUUCAAGAAGGCAUAAAAUUGUUAGAAUCUUUGACACUGAAAUCCGAAGAAGCUGGUCUCGAGCCAAGGCGCCUUUCAGUGCUGGGGUUCCUCAAAUCUCAGCUUGAAGAGAAACAGUCUGAGGCAACUGCGAGCUCUGUAUCCUCAUAAUGGAAAAUAACUAUGAACCAAAAUAAAGGAGCCGGUUUCUGUACAUACAGAGGCUCGAGUUUGCCGACUAAUGAGCUCUGCCCGGUUCCGAAAAAAGAGACAAUCCCUGUAAAUGUGCCAGUGCCAGAGCCAGAGACUAGUGAAUAUUUGGUUAAUCCUUAGAGCACAAGUAGAAAGUCAUGCUUGAAUUUCUCUGUUAAAUGUCACUUUUCAACUUGAGUUUUUUUUUAUAUAUAAUAAGAGGCAAACACCACCACCUCCAUUUUAGCAGAA